GUGAUUAGUGGGUGUGUGUUGUCUUUUCCCCUCAUUCAGUGCGACGUUUUAUUAAAGUUGUAAGAUGGCGACGGUGCAUCUGAGGAUCGGGGACCUAGUGUGGGGGAAGCUUGGUCGUUACCCACCAUGGCCAGGAAAGGUAGUAAGCCCUCCCAAGGACCUGAAAAAGCCCAGGGGCAAAAAAUGCCACUUUGUGAAAUUCUUUGGAACUGAAGAUCAUGCCUGGAUCAAAGUAGAACAGCUGAAGCCCUACCACGCCCACAAAGAGGAGAUGAUCAAGAUAAAUAAAGGAAAGCGCUUCCAGCAGGCAGUCGAUGCAGUGGAGGACUUUCUAAAGAAAGCUAAGGGGAAAGAACAGAACUCAGAUGGCAAAGGAGAGUCAAAAGGAAAGAAAACGCCCAACAAGCCACUGAAAAUACUGGAGGAGGAUGAUGAGGAUCUCAGUGCCCUGAAGGACCCCUCUGAGAAGGACUUAACUGACUCUGACCCCGAGCCGUCCACUAUUGAGAGGCUGGGGGCUGGACCUGGCUCAGGAUUCAAAUGGGAAAGCAGUCCUGUGAAGGACGACCCACAUUUCCAUCACUUCCUGCUUAGCCAGUCGGAGAAGGUAAGCAGAAGCAUGCUGCUCAAUAUUUUGAGAUCUGUGCUUAUCAUUUCUUAUCUUUUUUCAAAUGGGUUUGAGUUUGUCAUGUCUGAUCUUGUUAAGUAACCAGUCAGCAUUCUCCUCUCAAUGUGUCUGUUUGGC